AUGUGCCAUGCCGAAGAUCCCAAGGCCGGCAUGCCCUGUCUCGGUGGUCUUCCUCCGGCGGUGGGCGACACCUCAGGCAGGCAACCUCCCGCCGCCAAAACAUGCCGGAUCAGCACGGGCACUAUUGAAGAAAGGGUGCCCCACGACGACAUCUCUGCCAACGCGCAGCAUACCGCAUUUCUGCCUCGCCAAAACCAAGCGACCACCGCGCUCGACGCCAUUAUCCCGCUCUUCACCAACCCCGAAAACCCGGCCACCGAUACUCAUCUGGCCGACGUUCAGUUGCCGGCACCCUAA